GUGUGAGUGUUGACCGCGCGUGUGCCAGGCUUCCACCAUGGCUGGCAAACCUUUGCUCCUCGGGCUAGCCUUAGGCCUUUGGUGUUUACAAAUAAGUAUCGCGACUUCAAGUCAGACCUGCAAAUCAAGUGACUGUUUAUUAAAAUGUUGUCCUUCGAAACAAAUCAUGCGCGUUACCUACGAUGAAGACGAUAACGAAAUCCGUGAAUGUGUCGAUAUUCAUAUAUUAGCUAAAGAUGGCGUUCGAAACCCUGAUGAUUAUUCUGAUACUAGUGUUUAUAAUAAAGAUAUUGAAAGUAAAAUUGUGAAAACGAAUAAACGUGUACGUGACUUUAAUCUCAUAUAUGCCGCCAAUUUCACUAAUGGUGACCAAUGUUUUUCGUUUAAUAGCAUCAGUGAUACCUAUCUUUUAGAGAAUGGCAAAUGGACUAUGCGGCGUCGGAACUACUGGCACCAAUGGUCCAUGUUCGAGCCGGGCCAGUUUUGUGUCGAGAACGAGGUGUCCAUGUUUGAUGGCAAGCUUGAAUCCACCACGCCGACUCCGUUGGUCUGUCUCGCGCGGCCUUCUGAACCACCGCCUUCGAACCGACGAGCGCUAACCAGUGCUUACGGCCUGCUGGUGUCCUGUGUGUUCCUGUUGCUGGUGCUGGCGGUGUACGCGCUGCUUCCAGAGCUGCGCAACCUGGCCGGCCUGAUACUGAUGGCCUGCAUGGCGACAUACUUCGCUUUCUUCUUCAUAAGAAUCAUACACGUGUUCGGGAACGAGAGCGAAGUGUUGUUGACGAACGGCUGUGUUGCAUUAACAAUAAUAUUCCAUUAUAUGACGAUAUCGACUUUCUGUUGGAUGAAUGUUAUGUCUUUUGACAUCUGGUGGACGUUUAGACGCGUCCGUAAAGCAAAGACACAUCGUCGCGGCAUAAUGUACAAGUUCCGUUGGUACUGCGCGUACGCAUGGGGCCUGCCAGUGCUGGCCACGCUAUUUGUCAUCAUCGUUGACCAACUGGACCUGAGCCAGACACCUAACUUCGUGCAACCGCACCUGUUCAGCAUGUGCUACUUUGAUCCGGAUACUCACUUGCUGUACGUCAGUAUACCACUUUUGAUUCUGAUCUGCGUCAACCUGAUACUGUUUGUGAUGUCUGCGUACAACAUCUGGGAGAUCAAACGAGGCAUCGACAAAUACAAGGAUAGUGCGAGCAACCAGAACAACGAAUACAGGUUUUGGGUGUACUUGAGGCUAUCACUUCUGAUGGGCGUGUCGUGGAUACUGGAGGUGAUAGGCAACCUGGUGCACACCGAGUCCACGGUGUGGGUCAUCUCGGACCUCUACAACGCGCUCAUCGGACUAUUCAUUUUCCUGCUAUUCGCUUGUAAAAAGAAAAUCUUCCUUCGGUUAUGCGACAGGUUCUCGAUCAACAACAAGUUUGUAGAGUACGUGCGCGCGCGCACUCACGACACGCGCGCCGCCGACGCGCACGCCAGCCAUCACACUGACAGCAGCGACGUCGAACACUGGACGCCGUCGUACAAGGACAUUAAAUACAAAGCAGAGCAGAUAUAAAGCUGGAAAC